CGGCUUAUUCUAUUUCUUUGGUUUGUCCUGAUAGAGUGAAAAUGCAGCAGCUCACUUGGGCGGACCUCAAAUUUCACUUUUGGCUCAUAGUUCGUCUGACAAGCAACAGGAAUCAUGCGGUGUUCCGCGUUCACAGCUCACGCAGUUUGCUGUCUUUGUCUUUGGGGAUGUGUUGCACAGAGUUUAAGGACAUUACCUCAUGUACAGCAGUUUUAUGUGGUUAGACCUCAGAGUAUAAGAGCUCGCAGGAGUGUCUCCAAACAGGUACAGUCUGAUAAAGAAUCACAAAACCAUGAGAUCUAUCCUGAUCAACUCACAUAUCAAUUAUUCUUUGGAGGGAAAAAUCACACGAUACAUUUGGAAAAGAACAGACAACUCAUUGGACAUAAUUAUACUGAAAUAUACUAUCAGGAUGAUGGAUCAAUUGUGAGCAGCAAUCCAAAUAUAAAGGACAAUUGCUAUUAUCAUGGCCAUGUUCAGGAUUUGGAGGAUUCCUCAGUCAGUGUGGGAAUCUGUUCUGGAAUCAGAGGUUUUGUUAAGGUGAAACAGGAAGUGUACUUGAUUGAACCGCUAAACAAUCACAGUGAUGGAGACCAUGCAAUCUAUAAGCAGGAACAUCUAAGAUGGACGAGAAAAUCUUGUGGUGAAUCACACACCACCAUUUAUGACCAUGAACCACCAGUGGCUGCCCCCUUGAAAUCCAGCAGCUGGACACUUAAACGUUUUGACAUUCCAAGAUUUGUGGAAAUGUUUCUGGUGGUGGAUAACACUGAGUAUAAAAACUACAGGUCUAACAUGGACUUUAUCAGAAGUAGGAUGCUGGAAGCUGCAAAUCAUGUUGACAAGUUGUAUCGGCCCCUGAAUAUCCAUGUUAUGCUGGUAGGUUUAGAGGUGUGGACAGAUCAGGAUCACAUUGUGGUGAGUGAGAGUUCAGAUGACACUCUCAGCCACUUCCUUGACUGGAGAAAGAAAAUUCUGCUUAAACGAGUAAAGCAUGACAACGCUCAGUUUGUGACUGGAAUUGAUUUUUGGGGUGACACAGUCGGGCUGGCAAACAAAUUUGCAAUGUGUAGUGAAAAUUCAGCAGGUGUUAACCAGGAUCACAAUCAGGAUGCACUGGGUCUGGCAUCCACCAUUGCUCAUGAAAUGGGUCAUAACAUGGGAAUGUCUCAUGAUGAAAUUCACUGCACCUGUGGCUCAUCCAUGUUCAACUCCAUCUGCAUCAUGACAGAGCGUGUGGGCAAUCUAUUCCCAGAGCAGUUCAGUGACUGCAGUCUGCAGCAGUUGAGUGCAUUUCUGGAAAACGCUAACCCCAGCUGCCUGCUAAACACCCCCAGCUCACACACACUGUACAGCGGGCCUGUGUGCGGCAAUGCUUUCCUAGACCUAGGAGAGGAGUGUGACUGUGGGAAAGUGGAGGAAUGUGAAAAUCCAUGCUGUAAUGCCGCAACAUGUCGGCUCACUGAAGGCUCACAUUGUGCUCAAGGGGAUUGCUGUGAGAAUUGCCAGGUAAUGUCUAUCAAAACUGCUGGAAGUUUGUGUCGGGAAUCUGAGAAUGAGUGUGACCUUGCGGAGUACUGCACAGGUCUGUCAGAGCAGUGUCCAGACAAUGAUUUUAACAUGAAUGGAAAACCCUGCAGUUCAGGCCAGGGUUACUGUUACAACGGUCAAUGUCCUACUCACCUCCAACACUGCCAAAGACUUUGGGGAACAGGUGCCACAGUGGCUUCUAAAGCAUGUUUUUAUCAAAACACUUUUGGAAAAAAGGAUUCUCACUGUGGAAAGACCAGAGACGGCUACAGAGCCUGUACAGAAGAAAACAUGUUUUGUGGAAAGAUAUUUUGCAUGGGAGGAAAUAACUACCCGAUUACAGGUCAGAAAGCUGUCAUAGUAACACGCAUGGGACAAAUAUGCAGCAUAGCUGGGGACCAAACAGAGGAGGAUGCCCUCAGCAUGGUGCCCACUGGAACUAAAUGUGGACACAAUAAGGUUUGCUAUGAUUAUAUGUGCCAAGACCUGAAUGUUUUUGGCAGUAAUGAAGACUGCUCAUUAAAAUGCAAUGGUAGAGGGAUUUGUAAUCAUAAAAAGCAAUGCCACUGUGACGCUGGUUGGGCCCCUCCUUACUGUGAUGUCACAUUCUCUGAAUUGCCUUCCGGAGGAGCAGUGAAGAUUAUUGGCUACUUAGCAGCAGUUGCAAUAGUUCUGCUUGCUGUAGUAAUCGGAUUAGUGGUUUAUUGUAAAAAGAGAAAAGUCAUCAGGCUGCAGACGAAAACUGCAUCUUCAGGACAGACCCUUCUUGAUGAAAACAGCACUGCCAAGAGAGACCGCCCUCAGAUCAGCCUGCCUAUAUGCAUGGAGACCACCGUAACUCAACCCUGCCUCCCUCUAACCACAAGAGUGGCUCCAACCCAUCCUGCUCCCCCGCCCUCUAAACAGUCACCACCACAGCUACAGAAGGCUCCACAGGUGUUCCUCGUUUUCCCUUGUGUAUGUAAGCCCUUGUUUUCCCCUGGUUUUUUUUUUUUUUUUGUCAGUCUUCAUCUGUGUUAUGCUGUGCUUUGUUCCUCGUGUUCUGUUUCAUUAUGUUCUGAGUUACCUGGUUUACUUUUGUUUUAUUAAAGGCUGCAUUUAGAUCCUCAUUCCUCUCCUGUCUCGUCACUAUUUGUCUUUUUUUUCUGGUCAAAAUAAAAGCCAUUUAUGGAAUUUCAGAGCACUUUCAUAAACAUUUUCCUUCUUCAUUGUUUGAAAAUCUAAUUGUGAGGGCCACUGACCACACAGCAUGAUCUCAUUAGUAUUCAUAGAUUUUAUUUGUAAGUAACAGGUGUAACUUACAUUUUUGAAUGAAAAAAAUAAAUUAUCAAUGUAUUCACAGUAUCUAAAAUGUAAGUGUUUUUACGUAUGUAUAGUUUUAGAGCUUUACAAAUCUUUACAAAUCCUCUGAAGACUGAUCGGAACAGAAAUUACUGGAAACUUUGCUACAGGUUCUGGGGACACCUCUGCAGGUGAAUGAGUUCAAUACUUAAACACAAUCCCAUAGCGGGACGUUUAUUUAUCAGAGAAUGAUGCAAUUUUAUCCAAGAAAGACCUUUUUAAUGCCAUUUUUAGGUAUAAAUGAAAUCCAGAUGGGACAAAUAAAUGUAUAUUUAUUUCCUACCUUCGUAUGACUGAAUUUAAUUAUCAGUAUAGUAGAUUUCAGUGUCUAUGCAAACGUACAAUAUAUGUACGUAUGAUAGAACCACACUUUACAUAUGAAUAUGUAUGAAUACUAAUGAGAUCAUGUUGGACUACAAUGUGACACCAUUUAACAGUACUUAAGCACAAACCCAUAUUAAAGGAUAAA